CUGGGGAAAAAAGCUUCCAAAAAUUCCAGAAUGAACGGGCGACCCAUGAUGGAAGUCCUUAAAUUGCAAAUCAAAACAUUAUUAAUCGAAAAUCAGCAAAUUUCAAGUGCCAGAACGCAUCGAAGGCUGGCUGCCAAGUACUCGCGAGCAAAUAUGGACCAGGAGAAGCACAUCGAUUCGCUGCCUCCCGAACCCAAUGAGUGGGAUUCUUGGACGCCUUGUGACCUGGAAAAGCCCUCCGGGGAGCCUCCAGGCGAAACUCAGGGUGUGGCACCUCAGGAUCCCCUAGAUCCUGGGCCACGUGACCAGGGGAGGUCCCCUAUGGCCCUUACUGAAGCCUCGCCAGCUAAGAACCCUUUCCACAUGGAGAUGGACCCUGAAAAGCCUCAGGAUGAACCUGUAGAUCUCUCACACCAGAAGGCUCAAGAUCCUCAGCUUUGUCAUGAAGAGAAGCACAAUGUGGCCUUAGGGGAUACAUCGCCAGCCUAUCUCCUGUUUCAGAUGAAGGCUAAAGAUCUCUCACAUCGGGAUCCUCAAAAUCCUAGGCCAUGUGACCUGCACAAGCCCCACAUGGCCUUAACUGAAGCAUCUCCAGCUUAUCUACAGACUCAGAUGGACGCUGUGAAUUCUAGAAAUGAAUUUGUAGAUAUUUUACCAAAGGAUCCUCAAAAUCAUCAGCUUUAUGAUAAGGAAAAGCCCAAUAUGGGCUUAGGGAAAACAUCCCCAGCUUAUUCCCAGUCUCAGGUGGAUGCUGUAAAGCCCAAAGAUGAACCAGUAGAUCGUGCACAUCAGAAGGCUGAAGAUUCUAAGCCAUCUAACCAGCAGGAGGGUUUAACUAAAACAUUCCCAGCUAUUCCCCUUUACAAGAUACCUCCUGAAAAGCCCACAGAUCAACCCAUAGAUCUUUCUCCUCCGAAACCUCAGGCUAAUAAACAUUUUCAGAUGGUCCCUGUAAGAACUGAAGAUCCUUCAAAUCAGGUCACUCCACCAUUGGGCUUAGCCAAGGCCUCGUCAUCUAAUACCCAAUUUCAGUUGGUUCCUGAAAAUCUGCAAGAUGAACCUCUAGACCUUUCACCUAAAAAUCGUCAAGCCCCUGAUAAGCCUCAAGAUGAACCUCUUGAUCUUUCACAUUCAAAACGUAAUAACAAGGAACCGUUUAAAAUGCCUUAUUUAGCUACAAGAAACUUUAAAUCGCUGGGCCCGCCUCCUGAGCCUCACGUUUUCUCUAUGUCCACCUCAAAACUGGCGUUUCUAGCUUCACGGAAGGCAUGUGCUGAGGAGAAACCCAUAAGUCAGAGAGUUUCUAAUGAUCUAGGCGAUCAAAAAACAGCGAGCUUACAUGCCAACCACUUGAACUCCCAGGAUGGUAAUGUUCUCCCUAUAACCACUACAAACCUGCAUUAUAAAGCUUCUUGGCAGGCAUUUGCUGAUGAGAAACCCUUUAGCCAGCCUAACACUGAUGAUGAUCUUCUCAGCGAUCCGGGUUUUUCGUCCUCACAUUCCAGGCAAGAGGGUGAAGAGAUGAAAAUGGGUUUUCCCUGCUUGCGCCAGCUUGAUGGGCCUCCGAGGAAGGAGCAGGAGCCAAAGGAAAGCCAAAGUAGCUGGACUACUGACCACAUACCCGACAGCAAGAAGGACUACAUGCAGCAGUGGCUCUUGGCAGUGACUGAAGCUAGCUUUUCGCAGGCCCAGAAGCCCAAGGAGUCCGAGGCAGAGGUCUUGCCCCUCAUGGCAAUUCCCGACAGCGACGACGAGGAGUUGCCUAAUGGCACAAAUCCCUUUGCCAGAGACAUCGAAAAUGCCCAGGAGGCGCCACAACUCGAGGUUCUAAGUCCCCAGCAGGCGGAGGAGCGAAUGGAUGACUAUCUACAGCGACUGCGGUUCCGUGUGGCCAUUCCAGAGAGCUGCUUGACGGAUGACAUUUUUAGGGUGGACAGACCCAGGGAUGCCGUCGUCCUGGGCAAGGAUCUGCCUCCCUUGCGUCUGCUGGACAACUGCAAGGAAAAGGACUACAUUGUGAUCUCAGUGUGUAAGGUCUAUAGCCCCUUUCAGUUCUGGUUCCAUUUCGUGAACCAGACGCACGACACCGAGUUGCUGGCCGCCAUGACGCGCGACAUGAACGCGUUCUAUAACCAUCAGCAGGACGCGAAGUACAGUAUCCCCGUCUCGAGGUACUACCUGAAAGCCGGCUAUAUUUGCGCUGCCAAUCAUCGGACGGGCUGGCGGCGGGCCAGAAUAUUGAUAACCCCGCCGAAAGAUGCCGAUCGGGUGUCCAUUUACUAUGUGGACUAUGCCUCGGCGGCUGAGGUGUCGCCGAAUGACUUGAAAUUCCUGCCCGAGUGGUUUGCGGAAACGCCGGCACUGGCCUUUCGGGGCACUCUCUCGCACAUCCAUCCCUUGGACAUUCACUGGCCGCCGGAUAGUACGCAGCAGUUCCGGCGCCUGGUAUUCCGGAGGCAUGUGCACGCCCAUGUCGUCGAGUUGGAUGUGGAGGAGGGCAUACUCUUCAUGCAGCUGUCGCAGAACAAGGAGUUUGACCCCUCGAUCAAUAGGAAGCUGGUGGACGCCAAGCUGGCGGGGGAGAGCCAAAACUACAGUCAGCGGCUGAUCGAUUUCAAUUGCGGAAGGCGACUUCGAUACCUAAGAGAGCGGCUGCCCAGCUUUCCCAUUCUGGAGGCGCGGCUGAUUCCCCUCAAGGACGAGGAGUUCGAGAUAGAGUUCGAUGACAUCAUCUAUUCGCCCUCCUUUUACGAGGACUACAAGCUGCCCGAGCUGGCGAACCCCUUUCGUUCUGGCCUCCUGGAAGCGCUGGCCGCUUGGAUGCCCGCCUAUCGAAGGGAUCAGGAGCACUGGUGCGAGAUUUACAAGAAGGCCGAUCAGAAACUGAGGGCAAAGGCCUUGGAAAGACAGAAGACGGCUCUUGAGAGGUAUGACAAGAUGAUGGCUGAGCGCGAGGCAGAAGAAAGGCGAGAAAUGCAGGAGAAACUAAGGAAUCCGAAGAAGAAAAGGGAGUUCAUGCUGUCGCUUCAACUAAGGGACGAAGAGGAUAUAAAGGUAGGGAAGCAGGGAGAGCAGGAUGAGGAGAAAAAUCCAGGAGACCAUGUUGAGGAAAAUAACAGGGAACUGCAAACGGAGGAGAAGGAACCAGAAGGCCAAAACGAUGACGAAACCCCAAGGGAAAGAGGCGAAGUGGAGUCAAAGGAGGAGGCAGGCCAAAAGCAUACUGGACUGAAAGUGGUAGUGGAGUCCAAGGAGCAAAUAGACCAAAAGGUUCUUAAAGAUGAUAAGAAGGAUACACAGUCAAAUGAGGGAGUAGACCCCGAGGAUUCAGAAAGGAAUAAGGAAAAUGAAGAGGGGGUUGACUCCAGGGAUGAAGUGGGGCAAAGAGAUGCUGAAGAACAAAUGGAGGAAAUUCAGCCAAUACAUCUAGAAGAGAAAAAGAACAACCAGGAGGAAGUAGACCAAAGAGAUCCCGAAGAGAAAGAGGAUGAAGUAGACCAGGCGGAGCCAAUUAAGCCCGAUCAAAUGGAUGAAUUAUCCAAGGACAUGGAACAGUUGCAGAUCAAAGAUGCCUUUCGAAGUUCAUUGUCCUCCAUUGACUAAACCUAAGCAAACUCUGUAGCAUGUUACUUGUGGAGCGAUCCCAAAAUCGCAUUUUUUAUCUAUCUCUGUUGAAUUUUACCCAAUGCUAUUUCAACUUGACAACGACUUCUUUUCGUACAAACUUUACUUAACCAACAAUGUGUUUGUUCUUAAUCUUAAAACAGACUCGGAAUAUUAAUUUAGACACUUAUGUUUUUGUUUGACAAUACAAGUUAGUUUUGUAUUUAAUAUAAGUCAUAUUUUAAGUAAGAAAGUCAUUUUUUUCCUUUAUUUUUUUAAACCGAUUCUUUUCUAUGUAUUUACUUUCAAAACCCAAAUCUAAAUACUAUGAAUAAAUAACUAAAUUUAUGAAAAGUAAAAACAAAAUUGAAUUGUUUGUUGGUACUUUGAUUUGAGAUUAAAGACCAGUAAAUUAGAUUAAAUAAGCAAACUAAAUUAGUGAAUGAAAAGCUCUGAAACAUUUUAGCUUUAACAUUAAAUAUGUUUAAACAA